UAUCUGCAUGUAUCUGCGGAGACAUAACAAAGUUUGAGAAAAUAUGACCCGCCAUUAAAUAGAAGAAGAAGAAGAAGACAUAACAAAGUCUGCUUUCCCGUUCCGACUGAAGUAUAUAGGACUAAAGCAUUGUAGCAUGAAUCACAGGCUGUGUACUUUUUUGCACAGUCUGUGUCAUCACGUGCUAGUUUUGUGACAGAAUUCCGGAAUACGAUCCCUAGAACGAACCUUACCCAUUUUUAUGGGUUUAUGAGUUUGGAUUGUCACCUUGUGAUAUAAAAGUCGACCAAGAUUCCUUUCUAUAUGCUUUGCAGAGCUGGCUGUGGGCUGAGCAGAUAUGGAGUACCAAAUUACGCAUACUUGGGACAGUUUACCAGUUGGCCAUGAUCCAGUUAAGAUCAAAUUUUCUCCUGGUGAAGGGGGCUUAAAGAUGGGGAUUUCUGCUCCCUUCUUCAAUGAACCGCCAGCUCCACCUGGUCCCCCUGGACAACCUUUCCCUGGACUGUGGGAUUAUGAAGUGGUUGAAUCAUUCUUCUUGAACAGCUCUAAUGAGAAGUACCUUGAGGUGGAAGUGUGUCCACAUGGCCAGCAUUUGAUUCUUCUGCUGUCUGGGAAACAUAAUGCUUUUCAGCAAGCACUGCCUCUGACAUUCAGUGCCACAAUAAAAAACAAAAAAUGGACGGGUGAAGCCCUCUUGCCCUGGAGAUAUUUUCCACCAGGCGUGGAUAAGAUGAACUCCUACGCUAUUCACGGGUCAGGAGCUUCUAGGAUCUACGAGUCUUUGUACCCAGUACCGAGGGCAGAUCUUGUGGAGGGCCAGGGACCAGACUUCCACCGACUUGAGUACUUCCAGCCCUUCAGCCUGCAAAGUGUCAUGGGCGAGGGAUGGGUACAGCCUGAAUCUGACCUUUGGCAAGGACACUGAUGACUGCUCGAGCCAUGAUGCUACAGUUCCAAAGGCUAAUUCUUUAUUAUCUCAUUUGUUAACAUUACAGUGGCAAUAUGAGCUGUUUAUUAGUUAUACUGCAUCAUCGAUCUGUCCUGCCCAGUGCUUUUAUCAGAUAAAACUAGUUAGCUACACAACAAUCAUAGUCAUACAAACAAAAUAUUAUUACAUAUGGCAUGGUGAUAAGUAAAAGUUAAACAGUAGAACAGGGUGACUGUAAAUCACUGACAUAAUUGCAGUUCAUAGAUACUCAACAGAAACCUAAUUGCAACAUAUCUUGUUCCCAUUUGUCAUGAGUUCAUGACUUCCUUUACACACAAGAUCACACACACUCAUUUUCCUCAAUCUUUGUUCACAAACAAAUCUGUCUGCCUGAGCACUACACCUUUGAAUUCUGUUCUCAGGGAAUAGUUCUUGUGGACAUUCCUACAGCCAACUGUCAAUUCGUUUUUUUAACCAGCAUCUUUUAAUGCCACACCUGUCAAGUAGAUCAAUUAGCAAUAUGAGAGAAAUAAGUAUUUUUGUGUGCAUAGAAGGAUCUUACUUCUUUCACUUCAAUUCACUAAAAUGGGAGCAAAAAUUGCAGCGUUCUGUUUAUAUUUCGUCUGCAGUUGUCACUCUCUAAACAGUUUUUGACAUGAUCUCUUUAUGUUCCUAGUAAAAUGUGUGUGCAAACCAUUACUCCACAUUUAUAAAUCUACAAUGAUGAUUUUACAUUGAAUGAUGAUUAUUAAGUAUUGUUUAUCAUCUGUCUUUUGAUUAAAGUUUCUUAAACAUCAAAGCAUUACAUUAAGAAUUGAGAUUACACCUGGCAGCAUAUGUUGUGCCGAAAGGAUCUCAGUGUGUGUGUAUGGGCACGUCAGCCCAGCUCAUGACAUCUUUGUUCUAGUGCUCUCAUUAUCAGAGUGAUGUCAUUGGAACCCUCACCAUAAAAUGAUGAUAUGUAAUCACAUACUGUAAGACGAGACUUUGUCCAGCAUCCAAUCUGUUUUUAUAUAGGCCUACAGAAAAGAAAAUUACCAAU